AGGGGAUAUAAACGCGGCUGCGAAUCGAGAGCGACACACAAUUUAAUAACUAUAGUGGAAAGAUGGCACGUUUGAUCUUAAUGUUCGUUUUGCUCGUUGCCGCCACCCUGGCCAGCCAAACUUCGACCAAGCCUCCAGAUUCCGAGAAUCAACAGGAAAUAAUGUUGAGGAAUUUAAACAAAACGAAUGAAAAGCUGGACAGAUUUAUGAGACUUGUCUACUCUCAGGCUGUGGAGUCCCGAAAGAUAGUGGAAGAGCAUCACGAGGAGCAGACAAAAUUUUCCAACGCGACCAACGAACGACUGGACCAACUGACAAAAACCGUCCACCAGACCAACAGUCAGGUGAGCAAAGGAGAAGAAAAAUUGAGGGAGUUGAAAAAUGAGAACACGGAGUUACGACAGAUUGUAAAUAAAUUGUUCAAUGCCAGCAGAUGCAAUAAAGCUUGGCGAACUCAAAACUUGACGACGCUUUCAAACGGCAAGCAGUAUUUCUUUUCCUACCCAACGUAUCGCCAUUUAGCCAAUUGGACGCAAGCUAACGAGAUAUGCACUCAUCAACUGGGGAUGCAUUUGGCCACGAUCAAGGACCAGACUGAUUUAAAUGCCGUUUGGGAUGAGACAAUAAGACUAAAAAAUUGGGUUUGGUGGUUGUCAGCAAGGAGAAGCAAUUUGAGCACUGAUUUUCACUGGCACGACGGUACAGCAUUGGAAAAAAGCAGUUCUCUCUUUGGACGAAAAGACGCUGAUGGUCAGUGUGUAUCAAUCAAUUGUAUUCACAAAACAAAAACAUUGAGUGGCCGUAACUGCUCAUUUCCAUUAUUUUUCAUUUGCGAAGUACCAGAGGAAUGUUAUUAAAUGGGCAAAAGGUAAUGAAAGUGCUAAUAAUCAUUAUUAAUUACCAUUUUUCACAGUAAAUUUUAUUUUUCACUAGGUGUGUCUUUUUGAAAAAUAUAAAUUUAUAGUUUUAUAGUUGGCAUUGGAUUAAAUCGAUUAAAUAAUAUAUUUAAAAAAAAUUCUUCGGAACAUAUACCUAUUUAGGGGUUUAAAUUUUCCCUACUUACUUCCCGCAAUUUAAUGUAUAGUUAUAGUACGGUCUACAUAUAACUUAUACUUCCAUCAUGUAAUUAUUAAAAUUAUAAUAUAUUGGCUUUUCUAAGUCUUCAAAAUUGUUGCAUGAGAAUCCUUGCUUUUGCAUUAAUGUUAUGUAUUGUGUAGAUUUUGAUGGAAAAAAUUGUGAAUAAAUUUCCACUUUUUAAUCGGUGCAAAAAUAUUUCAUUAUUUAUC